AUGAAUCAAACCAAGUUGUUCACUAUGCUAUUGCUAGCAACUUAUUGCGUUUGGAAGUUGUACGGAUUUUUCCCUUUAUGUUUCGACACCAAAGCAAAAAUACUCAGACCAUCUCGACUGUCAUACUGUUACUCGGUUGUUUUUGUUCUCGUUUUCGCCGUUGGAAUGUUCUAUCUUUAUUGGUUCGUAGGGUCAUCAAUGCUUAAAAUGGUUGACUGUAUGGACAAGUUGAGUGGGUUUGAGAAGGAUCAACCCUAUUGGACAACACAUCCGAGAGAUAAGAAGCAAAUUUGCUACCGGGUGGCGACUGAUCUAAAUAAAUUGGCGUAUCUUCACCAGGAUGUCACGACGGUCACAAAAAUGAUUGUUAAAACGUUGGACUAUUCCCUACUGCUGGUCAUCCUUUGGUGUUUUCUCAUCACAAUCGCCGGAAUCUUCUACACGUACACUUCGCUGGUGAUGGACAUUCGGGACAACGUGAAACUGUCCUUCAUAAAGUACUGCCACUCGUUUGGGGUGUCGUUCUUCCAGGCGCUUCAGUUUUACUACAUUGUUUCGGGAUCGGCGCUGCUUACCAAACGGGCCGAAAAAACUGGCGUUGUGGUGAAUCGGUUCUUCAAGACCGAUAUUGACGAACGGACCGAGCGGACGAUCAACAUGUUCUCAAUGGGGCUUCUUCACCAAACAUACAGUGUGGAAAACUUUGGCAUGUUUAAGGUCGACUUCACCUUGAUGUAUUCGAUGGUCGGCACCAUUACAUCAUAUCUAAUAAUAAUGGUACAAUUUCAGUUGUCCAAUCAGUGA